AACUUCACACCGGCAAUCAUCCAAGAGUGAUCUCUAUACACAUAAACACGACCACAAGUCCAGAAAAUAUAUAAACAUUCACACAUACGAGCCAUAUAUGUAAAAACAGUGAACCUCAUUUCUGCACUGAUAUUGCACUUUCUCACAACACAGUAUCAACAAACUAGAGGAAAAUGCGUGUUUUGGUCUUCAUUGCCCUGGCAGGUCUCACACAGGCCCAGGAUUUGUACUUUAGGGAGCCUGAGAAACUCGUGAGGGGCUCCCACGAUUUGGGAGACACGCGAGGAAAUUAUGCAUUCAAUUAUGAAACUGAGGGCGGAAUUUUGCAAAGGGAGCAGGGAUCCCGAAAAUAUGAAGGAACUGAUGCUGAGACUCAAUUGAUUCAAGGAUCGGUGCAAUAUAAUGCACCUGAUGGUACCCCAAUUUCGCUAAGCUGGACUGCUGAUGAAUUCGGAACCCAAGUCUCUGGAUCCCAUUUACCGACCCCUCCCCCAAUUCCACCUGCGAUCCAAAGGGCUCUUGAUUGGCUCGCAAAACAACCCUCGACGACUGAAGAACCUCAGCAAUCGGAAAAUUUUAAGGAAAAACCCAAGAAAAACGCCGUUUUGGUGAAACAACAGUUCAGACUACCACAGAACAGGAAAAAUUAGAAUGAUUUAUAAUUAGGUUGAUUUCUAGAAUUUGGGUACAAAAUUUUUUUGAAGAUAGAAUUUCUUGUAAGAAAAGUUUUGUUUAAUUAUUUUAUGAUGGAGAGGAAAAAUUUGGUUACUUUGCUUUUGAAAGCAGCAUAUUAAGGAAAGAAUAUACUGCAUUGAAAUAAAUGUUAAUUAUAAAAUUAAUAUUUAUAUUUUAGCAGUAUAAAUUAAAAUCAAUAUCAAUUAUAUUGAUGAUUUUUUCAAAUUCUAAUACUAAUUUUUUCAUUACAUUAAUCACAUCUUUUCAUUUGGUAUGUUGAAUAAAAUGCUGAUAAAAAUUGGCGCACCUGCAAUUUUCGAAAAAAAAUUGUUUUUCGAAAUUUCGUAUUUUAAUUUUAUAAAUAAGGACAUAAUCACGUAAUUUUUGAUAUGCAUAUUGAAAAAAAAUACUGGUGCAGAUUUAUUUUAGUUGGUAAGUUAAAAGAGAGAAACUUAUAUUUAGAUAUUUCUAGUUUGGAAGUAAGCGACGAGAUCAAAGUUAUAUUUUAAAAUAAAUUUUGAUAUUUUUUAAGAAAAAA